UGUCCUAUAUAUUGCGGGAAGUAAGAAAAUGGAGGGAUUCGUGAAGACGCUGGUGGCUAAAUCAGAUUUAAGUGUUUUGACGAAGCGUAUGAUCAGAGAUGAGUACAAGAAACAUGUUGGCCGGAAUCAUCUGGAUGUGGAGGAGAAGACAGAGCUUUCUCGUCUUGUAACAGCUGUACUCACGGACAUUGACAAUACAACAGAAAAAGCCAGGACAGACGUUCAACAGGGAGAACAUGACAACCAUAAUGAGAAAGAGAAUCACAAACCUAAAAAGCCAGUCUCAGGGAUGGGAAAUAACUCUACAGAACUUGUACAUAAAUCUAGCCCUAAAAAGCAAUCAAAACUUUCACCAAGGAAAAAAUUGUCAACACCAAAUAAAAAGAAGAAAAAUGAAGAGGUACAAGAAAAAACAUUUUCAUUGGUGAAAAAUUGCUCACCAGCCAAAAUAUUGAAUUCUCCUCAAGAUUCAUCAAACAAAAGUCCUGACCAUAGUUCUGUUAGCUCAGGAGAUUUAGGGACUCAAUCCAGCACAUCAAAAUUCAGAGUGGAUGAAGUGCUGGAUGCUGUGAUGAUGUCUGAUGGUGAAGACGACGCGAUGACUUUACCAGAGUCGGAGGAAAGUGAAGAGGAUGAUGACGAUGACGUGGAGGAGGUGAAUUCCGAGGUGAAUUCAAAGACAGACAAUCAGAAAUUUAAGAAAUAUCAUUUGGUGGAGGAGGAUGAUGAGGAGACAUGGAAACCAUUUACACCGGUGAAGGAAACAAAACCGGUGAAGGGACGGAUUGAGAGCUCAUCCGAUGAGAGUGCUGGACUUUCCAGUGAUGGGGAGAGCGACAAAAAGGGGAAUAACUCUCGCUCAAAAACACAGCAACAGAAAAAAUUCGGAAAUAAACUGGAGAAGACAGACAGAAAAACAUCGAAGAAAAGAUCAUUGAUCGUUUCUAGUGAGGAAGAAAGUGGUCCUGAUAGCGAGUCUGAAAAUAGCGAUUCUGAAAAAGAGAAAAGAACUUCUAAAAAGGCUUCAACAUCAGCAUCUAAACGAAGAAAAUUAAACUCAACAAAAGCACAGACUUCAUCAAAAGUAAAGAAAUCAAAGGGUGUUAAAAGCACGACCGCUACAGAAAAGGAAAUCUCGACAGAACCUAAGAAAAAAAUUCAAGAUAAGGUUAGGUCGGAGAAAGAAAAGAAGACUGUAUCUAAACCGAAAAAAGGUAGUGAUAAAAUGAAAUCUCCUGUCAAAGGAGGAAAGAAAAAGCAGGUUUCUUCCGACAGAUCUGGCUCAGAGGAGGAAAUGCCCCUUGCUGUCUUUAGAAAGAAUUCAAAGGCUGAGUCGGACAGUUCUGAUUCAGAUGAGGGUUUUUCUUUGGCCAGUCUGAGGAAAAAAUCAGAGGAGCAGUCUGGAUCUGAGGAUGACAGUCACAACAGUGGAUCUGACCAGAAGGAAGAAUCGCCUGUCAAAAGAAGAAACCCUAGAUCCAGGAAUAAGCAAGCAAAGGUGGACAGUGUCUCCGAGGAAGACGAACUUAACAGUGACUCAGAGGAGGAAGCAUCACCAGUCAAGAGACGAAAACCACAGAGUAAGAAGUCUGAAGUGGUUGACAGCGUCAGUGAGUCAGGCUCUGAGAGUGAAGAAGAAAAAGUCUUGCGGAAAAAGAAAAAAGGUAGAACUCCUGUCAAGUCAUCAAAAAAGAAAACUCCAUCGAAAAAAACAGAGAAGAAAAAGAUCCCAUCUAAGGUAUCCAACACGGAGGGUGACUCCGACGAGACAUCAGACGAUGAGAAGCCAUUGAAAACAAAACCUGGGAAAGUAGACAAGGUAUCGGACAAUGAAUCAGACCCGUCCAGUUCUUCAGAGGACGAGAAACCAUUGAAAAUUAAAUCUGGAAAAGGUGGUCAGGCUGUAAAAGACAAGGUACAUCAAGAUUCAAGCAGUGAUGCCGAUUCCUCUGCAUCCUCUGAAGAAGAACCACUCAAACCGUCCAAAAAGAUUGGCAAAGGUGGACGCAAGGCAGGAAGUUCAGAAAAGCCUAAGAGUAAGUCAAGGUCAGGAGUUCGGAAGCGGGAGUCGCAUGUCACAAAGUUACGGAAGAUUUGUCGUGAGGCGGGCAUCUUCAUCCGCAGCAACCGAGAACUUGAGGGCUGCAAGACGGAUGCCCAUAUUGUAAGGAGAAUCAAGCAGAUCCUCGAGAAACACGGAAUGAAAGGAAAACCGAACAUGAAAAAGGCAAAGAAGAUCCGUCUGAAGAAGGAGGCGGCAGAACUUGAUACAGACAAUAUCAUCAGUAAAGACGAAGGACGGCCUAAAAGGAGAGUAAACAGUCUUUUUUCACGAAACUCGCCAUCUCCUAUGAAGAACUUCACUCCACCUAGAGUGAAAUUUGGUCGUCUGAAGGACAUUAUUGAAAGUGAUGACUCAGAUUAACUUAAUUAAUGUUUAUUACCUGGUAUGACAAUUAAUAAAUAUUUAAGUACUUCACACAACGAGCCUGGCACUGAGAGGUUGGUGUGUGAAAACUCUAAUAUGUUUUUUUUAAAGGUACUCAGAUAUUGUAUUUAUUCUUAUAUGGAAAGAUUGACCGAUAUAUAUUUAUUACCCUGUGUUUGGAAAUGUAUUUUUGUGUACUGUGCUGUUGCAAUUUUUUUAUCGGAUUUUCCUUUCAUGAAUGCACCCCAAUUCACGUAUUUGUUUGCGUCACAAACUUUUUUUCACUUCAGGAAGAAAGACCAAAACUUCAACAUUUGUUCCUACUUGUCAAAUAUGAAACAAAGUAACAAAGUUCCUGUGUCGGUCAGAUUGUAUAUUUCUGCUGCAUGUGGUGGUAGGUUGUAAUAAAGAGGGGUGAUCUGACAUAGAGGGGUGAUCUGGGGUGAUCUGACAUAGAGGGGUGAUCUGACAUUGAGGGGUAUGUCGUAGGCAUAUAUUUUGAUUGAUUUGUUGUAUUUUUGAACGUAAACAUUUUUAAGUAGUUGUGUGAUGUCUGUUUUGUGUAGCAUGUGAUGAGAGUAUAAAGUGACUCUCUCAUGAAAUGAACGACAAAUCAGCUGUCGACAUGUUGUAAUGGUUAGAUAUUUUGUUCCGGAGUGUAUCACCUGAUUACUGUGGUAUUCAGUGGAGAUACCCAUGUCAUAUAUUUUACAUGUGAACUCACAUAGUCCGUAUUAAAAUUUAGAAUUUUCACACCAUAGACAAUUAUUGAACAUUGAUUUUUUACAGACCUCAUUCUAGAUUUUAUUAAGAUUAUCAAUAAUGAAUCAAUUUUUGUCUCGCCACCACGAAGUAGCGGAAGCGAGACGAAGGUGUUACUUUUCCGGCGCCAGCAGCGUCAACAUUAAGUUUUUGAGUUUAAGUUAGUUUCACUGAAAGUAGAAGUGCUACACCAACCAAACUUGGACCAUGCAUGCAUCUUAGGUAGUAUAUCUAGACCCAUGCAUCAAAUGCUGAAUGUGCCCUGACUUUCAUGGUCCAUUGACUUUGUCAGCAUCUCCAACAACAUUAAGAUUUUGCGUUUCAGUUGGUUUCUCUGAAACUAUAAGUGCUAGACCAACCAAACUUCACAUGUGCAUUGAUGGUCAAAGCGGGGCACAGGCGAGACAUAUCAAUCCGAAUGGCUUGUUCAUUAAAAUUUUAAUUUGAAAUAGAUUUGAAGCCUUUGUAAUUGAUGUCUAUAAAUUCACGACAUAUUAAUUAGUCCAGAUUCAACUUUAAAGUCGUUUUGAUAAUGGAGUUGUUUCCCUUUGACUUUCGUUGACAGGAAACAUGCAUGUACACAGAAGAUAUAAAAAGAGCUUUCAGAGAUAGAAACAUUUGCCUGUUCUUGAAAUAGCUGUUCUUGAAAUAUUGCAAGAUACCCAGCAUUUGUUUACGAUCAGUGAAAUGUGGUAUGUGUAUGAAAUGGUAUGUUUGAUAUUUUACCGCAAUUGUGUGAGGUAAUUGUAUGAUUUGUUGGUAAUGUGUAGCAUAUGCAUAUUGGUUCGUGUUAAAUGAAAGUCAAAUCAUGUAGAUAUCAUAUAAUGUAUAAAUAUUCUUUACUGAAUUUUCGCAUGAUUUCCCUGUUAUUCUGUAAAAACACUUUGCCCCAUUUUGCAUUUGAACUCACGUCAUAUAACCUGUUGCGGCUUCAUAAAGUUAUUACUUAAUUAUGUCAAAGAACUCCAGAUUAUAUUAUGAUGUCAUAACGGAGAAAAAAUACAUGGGACCAAGAUGGCAGAUAUUUUAGAGUUAAGAAAUAUGGCACUGAAAGGAAUAUUUUUCAAAAUAUUCAAAUUAGUUUCAUUAAUUAUACCUUUGUGACUAGGCGUCGAGGGAAUAUAGGUAUCUCCCUGUUCGUUCGUUCAUUCAUUUGUUCCUAUGUGCGUAAGUGUCCCAAAUGGCGUCACAGCUCCACAGUGUGGCUACUAUUCUACCAUUCAACAGAUGAUGAUAAAAAGCAUCGCUAUUGAAAUAAGAUGUUGUUGCAUGUCUGUUCUGUUAAAAUCAUAUAUUGUAUUUUAUUAAGAUUGACCAAUAAUGAAUGAAUUGUUCAUUAAACUUAUAAUUUUA